AAUCAGUUUUACAACCAGCCGCUGCUGACUGCUAUGUUAAGAGCGUUUGGAGUAGCAACAAUGCGUCCUGCUAUCGUCAUUAGUUUUAGCAAUAGCAGCAGCGGCAGCAACAGCAAUAGUAGUAGUAGUAAUAGUAACAGUAAUAGUAAUACAAGCUGCUGUACCAUUCGUAGUAGUAACAGUAGAAGUAGUAGUAGUAACGGUGGUGCUUUGUUUGAAGGACUACGACGCGAGUGUUUCAAACAAGUCAUCAGUUCGGGACUUUACAACGAAUCUUUAUAAACAAAGCACAAUGAUUUAUCAUUUUAUGAAAGUUUUACGUUUUUAAAUUAUCCUGAACAGCAGCAGUGAUAUCCUAACUUCAUCAAACUGAACGAUGUAUCUACUUGAUAAAAAAGUUUGUGAAAGAUAAUAAGUAUACUGUAUAUGUCACUGGUUAUAGCACGUGGAUUUCUUUCAUGAAUAAUGUACGUAGUAGUAGUGGUAGUAGUAGUAAGAAGUGUGUACGCAACUCGAGAUAUCGAUGAGUAAGUGAGGUGUUCCGUUCGUUCGAGUCCUGCGUGAACUUUGCAGAGAUGGACGACAGCUCGCCGGACUUGAGCUUAAAGCUCAGGAGAGGAUCUAGCGAUUCGCGCGACUCCUUUUACAUGGAUUUGGAUAAAGGUAUCGACUCCGAUAUUGAGGAAAUAGCAACUUGUUCUACCGUUGAUCACGGCGACACCACGGCUGAUAAUACUACGAUCACUCCCACUGUUUUGGCAGUUAUCAAAGAGGAAAGAGUCAGUUGGCCAACGAUUCCACCACAAAACGUGAGCGGCGAUAGCAGGAGCAGCGCUCUCGGGGGUGUCGACCCUUUGCUGCCGUCUCCGGCGUCACACAGCGCUGUUAUCGUUUCACCCGAAACACUCAGUCAUCAUUCCUCCCCUGCCAAAAUCCCUUCAGUUACAACAGCUUCCGUCUCCACAGUGAAACAGGGACCAGCACAUGUUCAAAUCUCUUCGACUCAAAGAAGUUAUCAAUCGACUCAUUUGGCACUAGCUCCAAUUGGCUAUCAUUAUGGCUACCCUCCAAAUUUUCCGGUUAUAAGAAAACAAUCCAUAGCUGAGAAGCAGAUGACAUGGAGGCAAUUGGGAGCGGACGCUUUGGCUACAACGCUUUCGGCCCUGUACGGGAAGCUGUUGGUAGUUAUGGGAACGGCGUUUCCUAUGGCGGAGGUUUUAUCCACAUACAUUCCACCCUCGUUUUACGAAGUUUACUAUCUCUACCUUUACAUCGGAAGCAUGUGCUUCAUGCUUUACUUGUAUACGAUGCUGCUCAGAGAUAAAAGGAAACGGAAGAAAGAAGAGGCCGACUUGAGUUCACAAAAAUCCAUAAAGGGUAGCAGCAUAUCAGAUAGUGGUGAAGAAUCGGAUAGAGAAUCAGAAGAAACAAGUGCAGCCUCAACAAGCUCGAAUGUUUGCAGGCCAACACGAAAAGGUUCCUUGUUAGCUCAAGUUCCUAAACAGUACCACUAUGGAAGCUUUUAUCUACGAAUAGGAGCUGUUGCUUUUGGUAUUGGCAGCAUGAUAUAUUCUGGGCUGGAGUUUGGACAAUACUUCGAACUCGAAAGAAACACAAAAUGCCAUAACGUCCUCCUUGCUCUCACUCCUGCCACACGAAUGGCAUUUAUUUUUAUACAGAUGUAUUUUAUAUUCCUAAACAACGAACAAAUGAAGAUUUACAAGCACAAGUUAGCUGCCAGAUUUGGUCUGAUGCAUAUGAUCGGUACAAAUCUAUCCGUAUGGUUGAACGUUUUAGUUCAAGAGACCAAACAUGAAAUCCUGACGUUCUACAAUCCUGAGAACAAUUCCUUAAGAAUUUCUCAUCGAUUGGCUUUCAAAAACAACAUAUUUCAAUUUCCUCACAUGUCACAGCCCGACAAUGUCACUGAUAAUAAUAAGCAUCAUAUAGUCGCCAGAGGGUUGAAAGGACCCCAUCGGAUAUACGAAUGUAGAAGAACGAACGUCCUGGGAACGUUAGUACAAGAUGCGUCUCCUUUCUUGUUCCCUUGUACCAUUGAAUACAGCUUAAUAUGUGCCGCCAUCCUGUACGUCAUGUGGAAAUCCAUUUCGAAACUUCCCAUCCCCAAUAUGAACGGGGAAAAAAAGAAGCUGGAGCACGCUUACAGGAGAAGUCCUCAUCACUAUUCCGUCGAUUGUGCAAGGGCCCAUAAAGGUUUAUUCGUUGGUAUUUUACUUCUAGUUAUGACCAUAAUUUCCCUUAUUUUGUUCUUUGUUUUAAUAUCGCGACAGGAGUUCGCAGCUGUGGCACUUAUUGAGGUCAAUAUUUGCGAGCUGACCCUUUACGGAAUGGCCUUCUUGGCCACGUUGAUAGGCAUGUGGCAGAUACGUCAACUCAAAUACGACGGCAGUCGUAAUCUUCAAUUAGACAAUAUUUUACUUGUGGGGGCGCAAACGGGGAUGUUUAUUUACAGCAUGUUUACCAUCAUCGGGGGUCAAUUUACGAUAGAGAAAAACACAAUACUCACCCUAAUAACGGCUUUGGCGUCCGUUCUCCAAACAACCUGCCAAACUAUUUUUAUUCUCGACGCUUCGAGACGAUCUUGCGUGACGCCAGAUCAAAUUCGGAAGAAACCGGGGAGGGAAAUUGUCACAUUCUUAUUGGUGACGAAUUUGGCGAUGUGGGCCCUAAACACGUUAGAAAAGUCUAGGGCAGAUUCCCAUCCGAUUCAAUUACAUUUCUACGGCCUUUGGGCAUGGACGAUUAUUACACACGUUUCCAUGCCGUUGGCAAUUUUCUAUCGAUUCCAUUCCACUGUAUGCCUUUGCGAAAUUUGGAAGAGGGCGUACAAAAUUAAACCGACGUACAUGUAGGGGUUAGCAAUCGAAUGUGGCAUUAGUUGCCACAUGUGAUAAUUACCAAAGAUCGGCGAUUGUAGUGUUGCCCAAACGCAAGAACAAGACGAGACUUAGCCAGUCUUGGUCUUGGUCUUGCGCCAAUAC